GGAAUUUCAAAGAAAAAACGGAUGUACAUUACAACACAAGCUUCAACCCACACCUCUCGACCAGUACCUCAACCUACUCGGCAUCGCAGCAAAAGCCCCCCCUCCUCUUCCCUCUGAACCCCGCGAUGGCUUCCAAAACAACCUACAUCCCGCGGUAUCUCCUACCACAAUACGGCGCUCUAUGGCGCAGCGCCGCCUUCGCGAGAAGAACCCCCGAGCUCGGACAGGUGCUGCUAGUGCGCUACGCGGCGGCGAGGUCAUCUUCCACGAAGACCAGUCCCAAGUCCCCCGCCGCCAAAGCCGCCAAGCACUCCGCGCCCACGAAGCCUCUGCCCAAAGCCGCCGCUUCGAAAGCAGCCGCCGCUCCCGUGAGCAAGGAGGUCCCUCCCCAGAACCCCAUCCUGACGAGCGCCACCCCGCAUGCUACGCCCACGCCGGCCUCUCCGCCCAAAACUGCUGCUGCUACUACUACUACUACUUCUACUUCGAAAACCCAAGCGUCCUCCUUCUCCUCCGCCGCUGCGGCCAAGUCGAGCACACCACCCCUUAAGCCCGCCGCCAGCGGCCCUUCGAAACCCAUCGUGCUCGAGAAGCCCGAGCGAUUCAACCCUCCGUCCCACGGCGCGCGACUACCCAGGUCGACACCUCGGCACUAUGGAGGACCCAUGUCAGAUGACGAGAUGAAAGCCCAAGCCGUGAAGACGUAUCCGGGCUUACCUCCUCCCGAGAACACCUGGUCGCACUGGUUCAUCCACAGUCGAGGGAUUCACUUAUUUAUUACGCUGGGCACCCUCACGUCCCUAGCGAUCUACACUUUCAUCACCAACUUCAACGCCAAGUCCCCCUUCGCGGACCUCAUCCCCCCCAUCUCCGAGUUCCCCCGCCACCCCUUCCAGUACCUCGGCGUCCUCCUCGACGUCAUGCGCAUGCACGAGGAGCACGAGUCCGCCAUCACCGCCGAGAAGCGCCGCCGCAAGGUCGACGACGUCGCCAAGCGGAACGAGUACCGCAAGGCCCACGGCCUAGAGCCCACCCAGGGAUUCUGGUCCAGCAGCAACAAGACCCUCGAAUCGCAGACUACCGAAUCGAUCCCCAUUGUCGAACCCGCCGCCGUCGCUGCUUCCGCGCCCGAGAUCAUCCCGGCUACGGCCGAGGCCGUCGCACCGGAGGAAAAGCCUAAGAAGUUCCUCGGGAUAUUUUAAGCAGGAGAGUGAAAUAAAUAAAUGGAUGGAUGGAUGGAAAGUACGAAAGUAGCGCGAAGUGAGAUACCUAGUAUCCGUUACUUAAUACUAGGCGUAUGGGGCCAGACUUGCUCUCCACUUCACAUCCUCACCUCAACCCCUCCCCU